AUGCAACCCAGUGUUGAAGCAGAUUCUGUUUCUAUUACUAUCGGUAUUGAUGACAAGCUCACUCAAAUCUCACCUUCACCAUCGGAGUGUUGUAUAUUUAGAGUACAUAAACAACUACGUGGGGUAAAUGAGAAGGCCUAUGAACCAGAGACUAUUGCAAUAGGUCCUUACCACCGCGGUAAACAUAGCCUACAGAUGAUGGAGGAGCAUAAGUUGCGCUAUUUGCAAUUACUUUUUGAAAGAAAAAAUGAGAGUAGUGCAGAUAGAUACGUCACUGCUAUUAUAUUGCUAGAACAAGAAGCACGUAGAUGUUAUACUGAAUCGAUAAGCCUUAGUGCAAAUGAAAUGAUUGAAAUGAUGCUAUUGGACGGUUGCUUUAUCAUUGAAUUGAUGCGGAAGUUUGAGAUGGCAUUCUUGAGAGACAAGAAUGAUUCUAUUUUUCAAAUGGAUUGGAUUGUUAGUAGCUUGCAGCCCGAUUUGAUGCUAUUUGAAAACCAGUUGCCAUUUUUUAUACUCUGCAAGUUAUUUGACAUGAUCGAGGUUCCAAACCAACAUAACAGGCUCAUUUAUCUUGCCUUGUGUUUUUUUCGUGAUCUUAUACCAGGUCCCGGUUAUAGAGAGCGUGUUGAUGGAAACUCACACUUCCAAAUCAGGCAUUUACUUGGGUUGAUUCACAAUAAUUGGCUUCCUUCAUUUGCAGGGAUUGUUCCCAAUGGAGAUGGCUCAAAUAAAAAAGGAAAUUGGCGUUUCAUUCCUAAUACCAUAGAGCUUCGAGAAGCUGGAGUCAAACUAGUGAAGAUUGAAGGAGCUAGCUUAUUUGCUAUCAAAUUUGAAAAUGGGGUAAUGAAGAUUCCACCUUUAACAUUGAAGACAGGACUGAGUCAUUCUUCAGAAACCUUAUUGCGUACGAGCAAUAUUGUCCAGAUAAUCAACUCACUUAUAUCACCAAUUAUGUGA